GUAAAUACACUGUUGAAGAGGCGGGGUUUGACAUCUCAGCUCUGAAAACAUCUCUAAUCCAGUAUUUCAGGUGCCGAAGUCGACCCGAGCGGACCAUUUGCUCACUCACUACCACCGCGCAUCAGCCAAAACUGCAGCAGAGACGCACGAGUCUGAGGAAUAUAUAUAUUUAUAUUUAUAUAUGUGUCGCAAGUGGACGGAGACUGUGACUGUGUCCGAAGUGGAAUUUAUGAGAGAAAAGAAAUUCUAAAAAAAGCAAGAGAGUGUGAAGUUUCAGCUGCGUGAAGACUUUUUUUCUGGUUGGGGUUUUUAGUUUCCAGCGUUUGUCUCUGCGCCUUGAAGUAACCAGCGACUCUCUCCACUCAGUCAGUCCCUCCCACCGAAACUCAACCAACAUACUUCAACUCUUCUUCUCCUCCUCGCGCCGGAGGAUAUAUUACUACCACACUACGUGUCAUACUUCUCUCUGAGCCCAGCCGUGUUUGCUGUCCAGCCGGGAGAAAUCUUUACUAUGAAUGGACCUCUGAGAGGGACAAUUGACUGCAGCUGAAAAUCUUCGAUAGCAUCAGGACCAUGUGGCAAAAUUUGCUUACAGGGGUCCACAAUCCCUUCUGAAGAGGUUUGUGCAGAGCCAGCAAGACUACAGGAUGACUGAGGCAUGGUGCUCCGUAGUCAAAACGCAUCUCAUCACAAGUAUCAGACCGCUGAUCAUCAAAGGCUUCCCAAAACAAAGACUUGGAUUGUAAUUUUUUGUGUUGACUUUUAAUUUUUUUUUUUGUUGGGGAAAAACCUUUAAGUAGCAGACAAAGUAAAAGGAUCUUCUCCAGAAGCUGCAGACAUGGACUAGAAGCCCAUGUGUAACGGGGCAGCUGCUGCAGCUCAGGGAAUAACUUAACCCCAGACUGUUGGGGUGUCGCGCCUUCAGGGGCCGUGGGUUCUGAUCCCAGCACCAACCCGCCCUGUCGUCGUCUGACUAUCCCACCUGUCUGAAGGCAGACCCCACUAUCCAAUGGCAUGGGUCAAGUUCUUCAGGAAGCCGGGGGGCAAUCUGGGGAAAUCGUACCAGCCGGGGAGCAUGCUGUCUCUGGCCCCCACCAAAGGACUGCUGAACGAGCCGGGCCAGAACAGCUGCUUCCUCAACAGUGCUGUGCAGGUACUAUGGCAGCUGGACAUCUUCAGACGCAGCUUGAGGCAGCUACCUGGACACUUCUGUCUGGGAGAAUCAUGCAUCUUUUGUGCAUUAAAGGGCAUUUUCUCCCAGUUCCAGCACAGUCGGGAGCGUGCCCUGCCCUCUGACAACCUGCGUCACGCCUUGGCAGAGACCUUUAAGGACGAGCAGCGCUUCCAGCUGGGCUUCAUGGAUGAUGCCGCAGAGUGCUUUGAGAACAUACUGGAGAGGAUCCACCUGCACAUUGUGCCUGAGGAGACAGAUGCCUGCACUUCCAAGUCUUGCAUCACGCAUCAGAAGUUUGCUAUGUCACUUUAUGAGCAGUCUGUGUGCCGCAGCUGUGGGGCAUCCUCCGACCCACUGCCGUUUACAGAGCUGGUGCAUUAUGUCUCCACCACCGCACUCUGUCAACAGACGCUUCAGCGCAGAGACGAGUCAUUUGGGGAACUGUUACAAGCAGCGAGUACGAUAGGGGACCUUCGCAACUGUCCAAGUAACUGUGGCCAGAGGAUUAAGAUCAGACGGGUCCUCAUGAACUCCCCAGAGAUAGUUACCAUAGGCUUCGUCUGGGACUCUGACCAGUCAGACCUCACAGAAGAUGUUAUCCGCUCACUUGGGCCUAAUCUCAGUCUUUCUGCGCUCUUCUACAGGGUGACAGAUGAGCAUGCCAAAAAGGGAGAGCUGCUGCUCGUGGCAAUGAUCUGCUACUCCAGCCGCCACUACUGUGCCUUCGCCUUCCACACCAAGUCGGCCAAAUGGGUCUUCUUUGAUGAUGCUACAGUGAAAGAGAUCGGUUCAAGGUGGAAAGAUGUGGUCAGCAAAUGUAUCAAAGGUCAUUUCCAGCCUCUCCUCCUCUUUUACGCCAACCCCGACGGGAGUGCCAUCACCGCAGAUGAUGCCUCAAGACAAAACAGCAGCCAGGCUCACUACAAGACCUCCGUCAAUGGAGACGUGCAAGACCUUGAGUCUCCAGUUAUAACCCCCAAGAAGCUGGACCUCACCAGGGAGAAUCUGAACGCUCUGUUGGGCCAAAGCUCUUUCAUACAGAAGACUUCUUCGACCUUCAGCAGGGGCAGCGGUCAGACCAGUGGAGGACGGGGACCAGUGAAAAGUGGCCCCAGCGAUCCCAAGGGUCGCCUCAGGGACAUUUCUCGAGAAGUUGCCCACAGAGCAGGAGAGGUGCGUGGGAUGCAUCCAGCCAGAAGAGAGCCUGAUAGGAGCGGUCAACGGAGGCCAGAGUCACGCCACAGAGAUCCAGGUCAGGACAGGACCUACUCCCGCUCCGUCUCCCCUCCAGAGAAUGGCUUCAAACAGCACCUGGAAACUCGUCUGUACAGCAGCCAAGGAAAAGGUCCCACACGGACCGAGCGAACGCCUCACCUUGGAGGACGGUCCUCGCACGAGCCCGCUCGCUCUCACUCGAGGGUCCAAGCGUUGCCCAAUGUGCCCAGUAUCAGUAGUGUUCAUCACAGUCGGAGAUUAGACCAAGUCUCCAACGGAUAUGAUACCGACAGCAGCCAAGACUCCAGAGAGCGCCCUGGAAGUGGAGGGAACGGCCGCAGCAGGCCCAGCCGCCCCUGGAAACCCAUGCGCGAGGCGCUAAAUGUGGACAGUGUUUUAAGUGGUGGUAACUCGGCAAGUCAGGAGCGAAGGCAGCACAGUCCCCGGAGAAGACCAAGUAGUCAGUCGCCUACACGUGACCGAGAGCGAGACAGAGAUUUUACGUGGGGAGGCAGAGAAGAACGCAAACCCAAGAGCCUAAUGACCAUCUAUGAGGAUGAGCAGAGGCAUGAAACAGGUGGUAGCCGAAGCUCGCUGGACUCAGAUAGCCGGGGCGGCUACAGUGACAAGGACAGGUCAAAGGGCUCAGCAACUCUAAAAGUGCGGAGUGACAACUGGAAGAUCCAGCGGACUGAAUCUGGGUAUGAAAGUAGUGACAGGCUAAGCAACGGCUCAGCAAAUCUGGACUCACCUGUGGUAGAGAACCUUUCUUCCAAGGACUUGCGGACCAUGCCGGAGCUGCAUCUCACAAGGGAUCACUUCCCUCAGAGACGAAGUGAUGAUUUGAAGGCUGACAUAUUGCACUCUCCAUUUUCCACUGGUGAAGAAGAAGGAAGAGAAUUUCCAGAUCUACAAGCUGCAGACAUCCUCUCUGGUCAAGCAAUACAAAGAAGAAGAGCCUUCCGAUACACUCCCGGGAUCUUUGAGAAGAACAAUGGUCUGGACAGCGAACAAGAGGAAAACGUGGAUGGCAGCCCAGUGAGCCCCGUGCCUCCGUACUUGGCAAAGACCAGCAGCUCAGAGUGGAACAGCUCAGAUGACCUUGCUGGACCUUUCUCUGAACAAGAAGAGACCGGCACCGUUGCCCACACAGACCCUUUCUCGCACAACUACCCCCCACCUUUACCUCCAAAGACCUUUGGCAACAGUCACACUGACCCGUCUGACAUCCACUCCCCACCGCCGGAGGUGCCAACGCGGUCGAGUCCCCGCUACGAACCCAAAAAUGGCGUGUCCCCGCUCUCGCACAACAUCCUCCGCCGGUGGAUUGCGACACCUGCCGAACACAGGCUUUCGUCGGAUGCCAGCUCCAAGUCGGGGUCAUCGGACCAGGAGAGGAACGAUCUGUCGGCCAGCGAGAGCGAAGAAAGGUUUCCCAGUCCAAAGCCCGGACACGAUGACGGUACAGACUCCCCUGGUCUGACAGAUAUGGCGCUUCCCACCACUUACUUUUCUGUGGAUAGCUGUAUGACUGACACUUACCGGGCCAAAUACCAUAAAAAGCCCUCCUACGUGAAAGCAGAGGACCACACGUCAUCAGGGGAGAGUGACGUCGAAGGGAGGCUCCCUCUACCAGAUGUUCAGCCACCAGAGCUUUCCAAAAGCAGAUCAGAAUCAGGCUAUUCUACCACAAAAACGAUUGCGAAGUGGAACCCGAUUACUCCAAAAGGACUUGAUGAGCAUGGUUUCCUGUGAGUUUAGCAAAAGCAUCAAUCGACCUCGUACGAUCCAGUGACUGGAUGCCAAAAGGAUCUGCUGCAGUAUGCACUGUGACUGCUACACAGUUUGACUCCUUCUAACUGGGAUGUGUGUUAGCUUAUAUGCUUGUCAUAACAGAAAGUUGGACAUGAAACUGGAUGCCAAAGAGAUUGUAAAAAAAGAAUGGCAGGUGUCCUUAAUAGCUAUCUUGCUGUUUUGGUAUGAACGACUAAAAGCUUUGAAUGAAUAGUAAAUUUGCACAGUGAAGAGCACCAGAAAGGUACAGAGUAAUAAACAUGCCUAAAACAUAUGUUUGGACUUUCGGAGCUCAAAAGCAAAGGGGUUAGGUGAGUAAAGAAUGUGUCACAAAAAGCCACUUUACAACACAAGAGAUUAAAAGAUUUAUUUUACAUGACGAAAUAACCAAUUUCUUGCAGUUCUACUUUUCUCUCACUCUUUGGAAUGAUUUUAUUUGCUUAUUUAACUACUCCCAUGUCAGUGUUAUGAGGUCUCUGCCCCAGUUCUAUCUCUUUUUUGACAUAUAAUACCAACCUUUCAGUGGGAGAACACACGAGGUUCCAGUAAUAUUCAGAACUUUUUUUGUUGUUGUAGAUUUUGGAAAGUAAUUCAACCUAUUGGGCACUCUUUUGGCACGACUUAAAAAAUGGAUCCUAAGGAUCCGUGUGAAUAUGAAGCUCCAGGGCACCCACAAAGGUUUUUGGCUGAUGGGACCUCUUUGUGGGACUGUUAAGGCGGGGAAACACACAACCUCUGAUUCUUGCUGGUACAUGGAGUUUAUAGAUCUCUGCAAAUAACAUGCAUAGUUGUUUUUUUUGUCAAACUUUAACCAGAGGAGUUGUGAUAUACCAAAAUAUCUGUCCUGGGACUAUAAUGUAAUGGGUGAAUAUGUUAAAUUGAUUGCUUAUUGUUAGAAAAGUAUGUAGCACAGUAACUCAAGGCACAUCCCUAUCUCCUCACGUGCACACCUUCACACAUCCUUUACUGUGGUUUAUGUCUUUGCGCUGUAAUUCUGUUCGAUUACUUUCCCUUUCACACUCCUUACAGUUAUAAGCUUCAUUUUUUUUUGUCUUUAGCCGAAUCAAUUAUUCAGUUUUCGGUCCUGUUUCUUAAAAAUAGCUCCUGUUAGCAGCAAGUCUGCACUGGUAGGACAUGGACAUGUAAAAUUGUCAUCUAAAGAUAAACGAGGCGUUUGUUUUUUUGUUUUUUGAGAGGGGGUUAUUAAUAAUAACUUGUUGUAAAUCUGAAUAGUGGACUACUUUUUUGGUUCAAAAUGUUUUAUAUAUGCAGCAGACUCUAAUGCACAGUGCCUUUUGUAUUUUUCUAUGUCAUGACAAGAAAAAUUGGAGCCAUGAUUUGUACAAUUCUUUGAUUUUAAAGAAUUUUUGUAACAUUUUAUUUUAUUUUUAUUGAUUGAGAAUUGUUAAAUAAACAAUUUUAUUUAACCAUA